AUGUCCUUUGGCAGGUUCGUAGCAUCUGCUCUUGUUACAGUUUGCAUCUAUCCAGCCUUGUUUCUGGUCUCCACUGUCACCCACUUUGCCCAAGCUGUCUUGCCUCCUGGAAUUGACCAGCCAUUAAAGCUCCGUCUUUUUCAUAUUAUAUUCAUCUCCUUGUUCCCUCUGGUAAGUGUUCCUUAAUUCUGAGUACUCAGAAGCUCUUAAUCUCAGAGUUAUAGGUUCAAGCCCCAUGUUGGGCAAAAGAUUCCUGCACUCCUAAGCCUAUUGCGGAAUGGUAUUAUAGCCUCCAGGGUCAGGGAAAGUCUAGCAGUGCCUAUUAACUAUUGGAGAACAUUAGCAGGGUAGGGUUGAACUAGAUGUACUCUUGGUCUGAACUGGAAUGGGAGGAACUGUCAAUUUUGUUUUCUCACCUUUCCAGUCUUAACUUCACUCUACUUUUGCCUCAGUUUCUGGUGCAUGUUUGCUUGUUCUUUUUAGAAAUGUUUUCAAAAAACUUCAUGCAUAUUUUUUAGCUCAUUUGCUCAUUUAAGAAUGUGAAGUUAAUCCUCUUUAUUCAAAGAAGCAAAAUAGCUCAGGAGGCCAAGUGAGCACAGCAACUCUUCCCCAAAGAGGGGAAGUUCUUGCCCCAAUGAAGCUGUUGUGAGGACUGAAGGUCCCUGCCUUCCCACAGAUCCCUAAGUCUCUUCCCCCACCCAGGUCCUUCUCAAGCAAUCUGAGACUCCGUUGCCUUAUCUGUCUCUGCUCUGCUCCCUUCAUACCUCUUCUGGUCCUGGGAAACCAGGGGAGAAGGAAGCUGAUUGCAGCAGGAGGAGAAGACUCGCUGUCUUCUUCAGCAGCCUGCUUGGCCUCCCUCCCUUGUAGCCUUUGCUCCUACCUCUGCUUCUGGACUCUUCCUGCUCACCAAACCCUGUUAACUCUUCAGCUCCCGACCUCUUCUGCUCCCUCUUCUCCCUCUGACCACGUAUUGUGGUCCUACUACAACUCUCCAGUACAAGAUAGAGGACCGGAUGAACCAGCGAGCUAGUCUUCUUGUGUCCUUACCUGUCACCUUACCUGUUUAGUACAACCCCUAUCAUCUGCAACCUUCAGCCAUGCUGGCUGCAACUGAUCUGAGUUGAAAUCCUGCCACUGGCUCCCCAAAUUUGAUUUGUAUAAUGGAAAUGAAAUGGAGGGCAAGUUGAUGGCAAAACACAAACAGGAUUCUGCUUGUUUCAGUUUUCCAUUUAUUGCAACUCUUUUUUAUGCUUUAUUGGUUGAAAACUUUAUAAUGGAAAUAUGCAAUAGAUGUUACAGGCAAAAUGAGAAAUACAAAUAAACAAUUAUUCAUUCUUUAACUAAUAUUUGCUUUUGUAGAUUUGACAAGACCUCCAAUCUUCCCCUUGCGUUCCCAAAUUAAGUUCCUUAAAUAUGCACUUAAACUUUACUUUCUCUAUGUUAUUUGACUUACUAUAAAUUUUAUUUUAUAAAAUUAACCUAGUUACACACCAAAGCUCAAACAAGACCUGCCAAUUGAUUUUUUGACAGUGUUCUUUUACAUAUACUCUGUAUGUAUCCCACUCUCGGAUACAUUUUUCAUCUGUAACAUCUCUUAACCUUUCUGAUCUCACCAGCUCAGUGUACUCUCUUAUUUUGUUUUGCCAUUCUAAUUUAGAUGGAAUCUCUCCCUUCCAGCCUUUUGCAAUUAGCAUACUAGCAGCAACUAUAACAUACAUAAAGACUCUCCUGAACUUUUGGGGGAUUUCAUUACCCAUAAUUUCUAGCAGGAAGGCUUCAGGUUUUUUGGGGAAGGAGCAAUUGAACAUUUUCUUGAGCUCAUUAUAAAUCAUUUCCCAAAAUUGUCUGAUCUUUUUACAGUUCCACCACAUGUGGAUCCAUCAGCUUCCCUGCAUUUCCAGCAAGCAUUUGUCUUAGAUCUGAACAUUUUGGCAAGCUUAACAGGCAUUAGAUGCCACCUGGAAAGCAUUUUCAUGCAAUUUUCUUUUAAAUCAUAGAAGGGAAAGGUAAAGGGACCCCUGACCAUUAGGUCCAGUCGUGGCUGACUCUGGGGUUGCAGCGCUCAUCUCGCUUUAUUGGCCGGCAUACAGCUUCCGGGUCAUGUGGCCAGAAUGACUAAGCCGCUUCUGGUGAACCAGAGCAGCGCACGGAAACACCAUUUACCUUCCUGCCAGAGCAGUACCUAUUUAUCUACUUGCACUUUGACGUGCUUUCGAACUGCUAGGUUGGCAGGAGCAGGGACUGAGCAACGGGAGCUCACCCUGUCACGGGGAUUUGAACCGCCGACCUUCUGAUCGGCAAGUCCUAGGCUCUGUGGUUUAACCCACAGCGCCACCUGCAUGUUAAAUCAUAACAUGCUGUAAUUUUGAUGUCUUCCUUCCAGAGUCUCUCCCAACUUUCCAUGUAGAUGUUGCAGCAGCGGCGGUUCCAUUUAUUGCAACUCUAUAGUCAUCUGACCUUCUCAAACAAAUAGUUCACAUCUUUUUUUUUCUUUUUUUUUGCAAACAGGGAGCAAUUGGGAAGAAACUGGGACUGUUCUCUGUUUUGGAUCUUUUGAGACUUGUAGCAAAUGGAUUCCCACUCUCCCCGGAUGCAUCCCUUCUAAUUCAGAACCAGCAGUUUGACGAGGUGCCGGUCAGGGUUUAUCAGCCUAAGAAAACAACUACUGGGAAAAGGAAAGCUUUUGUUUUUAUUCAUGGAGGGUCUGGUGUCUUUGGAAGUCCUGGUAAGAAAAAAAGGCUUCUUUAGAUGACGACUGAGCAAACAAAAUUACAGAGUGUUCUUUUUAGGUCAAAACAAAAAUGAAACCCCAUCAGUGCUGUGCUACAUUUUUGGGUGAUUUAGUUUUUUCAGUUGGGGGGGGGGGGAGCUGCAGAGGUGUGCUGAAAAAGUUGCGACCUACCCUUAAGGUCCAACUCUUUCUUUCUCUCCACUGGAGGUUUUUAAACAGAGGUUGGAUGGCCGUCUGUCAGGGAUUCUUUAGCUGUGAUUCCAGCUUUUCAGGGGGUUGAACUAGGUGAUCCCUGGGAUCCCUUCCCGUUCCAUGAUUCUAUGAUUCAUUCACACCCUGCAUAUUCUGCUUGUCUGCCCUGCUUUUGUAGAAGCAUAUUACUUAUCGACUGCCUAUCCCUAACCCACACCCCUUCUCCUUAGGCCACAUCUUUCCCUUGCUCUGCUCCAUGCUCUCCUCAAAUAUACGAAGAUAGCUCACUCAGUAGAGCAUGAGACUCUUAAGCUCAAGGUCACGGGUUCACGUCCCAUGUUGGGCAAAAGAGUCCUGCAGUGGGUUGGACUAGAUGACACUCAUGGUCCCUUCCAACUGCACAAUUCCAUGAUCCUAAGUGUCCUGAACUGUGAUGAAGCUUUCUGCUUGACUAUCUGCACGAACCUCUAAGUCUGUAGGCUACAUUCCAGCCAGAGUUAGGCUACAGCAGUACAAAUGUAAGAUCUUUGUCCAUUGCUCCACCUAAUUUGUUUGUUUGUCUGGUUGUUGGAUGUUUGCAUCAGGCCCUCCCCAACACCCUUAGCCUGUGCCCUCUAAUAAUAAUUACCCAGCCACUCUGGGCAGCUUCCAACAAAGAUUAAACAUACAUUAAAACAUGAGUCAUUAAAAAGUUCCCUAAACAGGGCUGCCUCCUAGAAGGUUUCCUAAGAGGGAAUCUAGGACCUGGGCUGAGAAUAAAAGAUCCCCCUACCCCUCGCUUUAGGACAUCACCUGGGCAUCUCUCUGAAAACUCUUUAAGGGGCUAUAGUUGGUUUGAUUGACCUUGUAUGUAUUGCAACUGUCUCACUUUUAGAGGGCUACGAGAGAUUAUUGCGGCAUAUUGCCAAGGAAUGUGGAAUGGUGGUUGUAGCUGUUAGGUAAGUGCCAUUUCCAUCUUGCCAUUGCUCCCUGAUUACGCUCUUAAAACCCAAGGCAUUGCAACACCUGUGGCGAAACACCCAUUACUGCACCUGCAAUGGGAAUGCAAGCUGCUAAAGGAGUCUCCCCUGCUCUCCUCAGCAAUAGGGGAAGCGUUCCAGAGAGAUCUGUUGCUAGUCCCCCUAGAGACAAGGGAGACCAGCGGCAAAGCUGCAUGCAGGAAUGGGUUUGCUGCCCCUUCAGGGUUGCCGCCUGAGGCAGCCAUCUCACCCAGCCUCAUGUGUAGGUUGACUCUGGUGAGGUGGCCGAUCAGAUGUCUGUGGGAACCAGCAAGAAGGAUUUGAGGAUAUAAAAGCACUCUGGCCUUCUGUGGGUCUUCCAGCAAGUCCUAUUCAGAAGCAUUGCUACGUCCAACUAUGGAAGCAGAGCGGAGACAUCUUGGAGCGUAGCCCUCAAUAGCCCCCUCCUCUAUUAAUUUGUGCAAUCUUCUUUUAAAGCCAUCCAAGAUGGUGGCCAUCACUGCCUCCUGUGGGAUAGCAUUCCGUAGAUUAACUAUGGACUGCGUGAAGAGCCCUUCCAACAUUCAGCUUCAUUGAAUGUCUACGAGUUCUAGCGUCACAAGAGAGCGAGAAAAACCUUUCUCCAUGUUUUACCUCUUACCUUGUAAGAGCCAGCUGUGACCAUCAAACUCGCUCUCUAGCCUGUCUGCAUCUCCCUCCUCACACCGAGGUUUUCUGUUUCAUAGCUUAAAAAUGGAACAUAUGUGCCUUUGCCAGACCUUACUACGGAUGCAGGUGGCGCUGUGGUCCAAACCACUGAGCCUAUUGGGCUUACCGAUCGGAAGGUCGGCAGUUUGAAUCCCCUUGAUAGAGUGAGCUCCUGUUGCUCUAUCCCAGUUCCUGCCAACUUAGCAGUUAGAAAGCACACCAGUGCAAGUAAAUAAAUAAGUACCGCUGUGGCGGGAAGGUAAAGGGCAUUUCUGUGCGCUCUGAUUUCCAUCACGGUGUUCCAUUGCACCAGAAGCAGUUUAGUCAUGCUGGACACAUUACCCUGAAAGCUGUCUGUGGACAAACACCAGCUCCCUCGGCCUGAAAGCAGAGAUGAGCGCCGCACCCCACAGUUGCCUUUGAUUGGACUUAACCAUCCAGGGGUACUUUACCUCCCCCCCCUUUACUGGGUUCAUGGUAUGUUUUCUGAACCAGGAUGUUUAUUUAAAAGAGAGACCAAAUGUUUCUGAGUACUCAAAAUCACCUCCUUGCCCAUGGCUGCACUGCUCUUGGAGGAUCAGCCCCUAGUUCUAAUUUCUGUACCUCUACCACCAAUUGAAAGGGAUGCAGGUGGUGCUGUGGGUUAAACCACAGAGCCUAGGGCUUGCCGAUCAGAAGGUCGGUGGUUCUAAUCCCCACAACGGGGUGAGCUCCCAUUGCUCGGUCCCUGCUCCUGCCAACCUAGCAGUUUGAAAGCACGUCAAAGUGCAAGUAGAUAAAUAGGUACUGCUCCGGCGGGAAGGUAAAAGGUGUUUCCGUGCGCUGCUCUGGUUCGCCAGAAGCGGCUUAGGCAUGCUGGCCACAUGACCCAGAAGCUGUACGCCGGCUCCCUCGGCCAAUAAAGCGAGAUGAGCACCGCAACCCCAGAGUCGGCCACGACUGGACCUAAUGGUCAGGGGUCCCUUUACCUUUACCACCAAUUGAAAACAGGAUAAUAAUUCUUCUGCACAUAUGAGAAGAAGCAAUGACACCCCUUUUUCUUCUCUCCAGGUAUGGGCUUGGUCCAGAGAACCCUUACCCAAACCAGUAUGUCGAAUGUCUCAGGGCCCUUGUCUACUUCAUGAAGAAUGUUGCUGAUUAUCAUGUGGACUCCUCCCAUAUUAUUGUUGGGGGGGACAGCUGUGGGGCCAAUUUUGCCACCCGGCUUUGCCAGUUGCUGGUGGACAGAAAAGAUCUCCCCAAGAUUCAUGCCCAGAUGUUGCUUUAUCCAGCACUGCAGGGAAUGGACUUCAACCUGCCUUCCUAUCAGCAGAACAGCCAGGUACCUAUCUUGUUCAGGCAGGUGGUAGGCCAUUAUAUAUGCCUUUACCUGAAUAAGAAUACUUCCCUUGCGAAUGACGUCCUGGAAGGCUGCCAUGUUCCUGAGCAUAUCAGACUGAAGUACCAGAAAUGGGUAAAUGGAGACCUCAUUUCUGAAGAAUUCAAAGUCAGAGGCUACAAACCACAAGACCCCAAAAUAUGUAAAUUUAAACCUAAGGUGUAUGAAGAAAUGAAACAACUAUUGGAGUUGACAUUUUCACCACUUUUUGCUGAAGAUGCUGUCAUCUGCCAGCUUCCACAGACAUACAUUUUGACCUGUGAGUUUGAUGUGCUUAGGGAUGACGGGCUUCUGUACAAGAAGCGGUUAGAGGACAAUGGUGUGUCUGUAAAAUGGGUCCAUCUUGCAAAUGGCUUUCAUGCGGUGGCCGUUUGUUUCGGCUAUGGGAAUCUGUCAUUUCCGACGGCAGAUCAGAUUGCGGAAAGUGUAGUGGAAUUUGUCAAAUCUUUAUAA